UGUGGUUUUAGGAAGAGCUGCUUGUUAAACCGUAGUGGGACUUUGUACUCUUUUCAAAUCCUAUUGUGACUCCUCCGUCACUAUUACACUUACAGCCGACAGGACAGGGAAGAUUUCUCUCUAAUACACGUGUAUUACAAGAGCAACAGUGUCUGAGAGGAAAAUCAUGCAGGCUAUCGAAAAUAUUCAGCAGGCCAUCUCCAGCCUUGACCUUCACCAACGUUAUGUCCUGGCCCUCUCUUCUGCUGGAAUUGGAGGUCUUUUAUUCUACCUAGCAUGGAGGGAAAAGGCAAAGAAGAUCCCAGUUGGAGACGGAUGGUGGAGGGUAGGAGAGAAGCCCCUAACCGAGGACAGAACAAUACGGCCAUUUGUUGUGGAGACCUCCAAAGAAAUGAUAGAGGAUCUUUACCGGCGCAUUGACCAGACACGAUACACAGAUGGUUUGCAAGACUGCAGAUUUCAGUAUGGCUUUAACUCCGCCUAUCUCCAAAAAGUCGCUUCAUACUGGAGGCACGAAUUUAACUGGGAAAAACAGGUUAAGGUGCUCAACAAGUACCCACACUUCAAAACUAACAUUGAGGGUAUAGAUGUGCAUUUCAUUCACGUGAAGCCCGUCCAGUGUGUUGGGCAGAAAGUUCUUCCUCUCAUGAUGGUGCACGGCUGGCCUGGUUCCUUCUUCGAGUUCUACAGGAUCUUGCCCAUGCUCACUAAAACUGAAGGAGAUGUUGUCUUUGAGGUCAUCUGCCCCUCCAUCCCAGGCUAUGGGUACUCUGAAGCCCCACAUGUACAGGGAUUUAAUACCAUGGAUGCUGCCCGUGUUUUCCACAAACUCAUGGAAAGACUGGAGUUCAGUGAGUAUUACCUUCAAGGAGGAGACUGGGGAGCACUAAUCACCUCCAACAUGGCCCAGAUGAAACCUGAGUGCGUUAACGGCUUGCAUGUUAACAUGAUCAAUGCCAGAGCAGGAAGCAUUACGACCGUCCUGUCUCUCAUCAUCGGCCGCUACCUGCCCUUCUUGGUAGGCUUCACCAGAGAAGACGUGCGCCGCAUCUAUCCUUACAUGCAGAAGAACGUGUAUGAACUACUGAAAGAAUCUGGUUACCUGCACAUCCAAGCUACCAAACCUGAUACUGCAGGCUGUGCGCUGAAUGAUUCUCCAGUUGGUUUGGCUGCCUAUAUCUUGGAGAAGUUCAGCACCUGGACCGAUUAUAAGAACAGGGACCUUGAGGAUGGUGGAUUAGAGAGGAAGUUCAGUCUGAAUGAUCUCCUCACCAUCAUCAUGAUCUACUGGACUACAGGCUCAAUCACCCCAUCGAUGCGCUUCUACAAAGAGAAUAUGGGCAAAAAUUUUACGAAAAGAGUGGACAAUUUAACGAAAAUUUACGUACCCACUGGACUGGCAGCGUUUCCCCAUGAGCUGAUGCAUUGUCCCUGGGUCUGGGCCAGCUCAAGGUUCAGAGAUAUUCGCUCUUACUCCUACAUGCCCAGAGGAGGGCACUUCGCAGCCUUUGAGGAACCAGAACUGCUCGCUCAAGACUUGCUGCAAUUUGUGAAGAAAGUAGAGAGCAAGAAGGCUAAAUAAUUCAUGAGGGCUAUUCCCUUACAGAUUGUAACUAGCAAGGCUACGGAAGUUCGUUAACACUGCCUUUAAACAACUUCACGCAAAAAUCAUCUGCCAAUUAAUCCACACUACAAAACCGUUCUUGUUUUUUGGAAAGCUGCUUUUUUUUUUUUUUUUUUUAUUCUUCAUUCAUUGAAAUGGGAAAUUACUACUUAAUUCAUAUUCACAAACUAAAAAGAAAUGAUAGUCAGACAGUUUAUAGUUUGUCAUGAAACAUUUUAAUAGAAUAGUUGUGUAUCAUGUCACCAUUUAUAAAAUAUAACUACGUGGUGUAAAAGUAAAACUUCGGGUAUUCAAAUAAUUUAGACUUGUUCUUCUGUUGAUCACACAAAUUCGACUGUGUUCCUGGUGUGAUAAGACGUGUUAAAUGUAUUCUGUGUGUCAAAAUAAAGUUUCUUUGUUGCUCCAUAAUAAAA